GCGCUCGGCUCCCUCGGCAGCUCCAGCCCCAGCCCUCCCCGUCCCCCGCCAUUUCAGACCGGGACGGAAAGGGACGCGGAGCGACCGCCGCGGUGGGGCGGGCGAAGGGAGGCGCCGGCGUGCUCCCGCGGCCCGCUGCAGCGCCAGGCAGGGAGGGAAUUGCUUUCCGGUAAUAGUAAAGGAACGUGAUACUGAAUGAAAACGCACCAACAGCAUCCUCAUUAGUCGGAGCCUGACUCUUUCUGCUUAAUGUUGGUUUCUUUGUCAUCAGGUCAGCUAAAAAAUGACAGAAUAUAAACUUGUUGUCGUUGGAGCUGGUGGUGUAGGCAAGAGCGCCCUGACAAUACAGCUAAUUCAGAAUCACUUUGUGGAUGAAUAUGACCCUACAAUAGAGGAUUCCUACAGGAAGCAAGUAGUAAUUGAUGGAGAAACUUGUCUCUUGGAUAUUCUCGAUACAGCAGGUCAAGAAGAAUACAGUGCAAUGAGGGAUCAGUAUAUGAGAACAGGGGAAGGCUUCCUCUGUGUAUUUGCUAUAAACAAUACAAAGUCUUUUGAAGAUAUUCACCAUUAUAGGGAACAAAUAAAGAGAGUUAAAGACUCUGAAGAUGUCCCAAUGGUGCUAGUAGGAAACAAAUGUGAUUUGCCUUCCAGAACAGUAGAUACAAAACAAGCUCAGGAUUUAGCAAGAAGUUACGGAAUUCCUUUCAUUGAAACAUCAGCAAAGACAAGACAGAGAGUGGAGGAUGCUUUUUAUACAUUGGUGCGAGAGAUUCGACAGUACAGAGUGAAAAAAAUCAGCAAAGAAGAAAAGACUCCAGGGGUGUUGAUGAUGCCUUCUAUACAUUAGUUCGAGAAAUCAGAAAACACAAAGAGAAGAUGAGCAAAGAUGGUAAAAAGAAGAAAAAGAAGACAAAGACAAAGUGUAUAAUUAUGUAAAUACAAUUUAUCCUUAUUCUUAAGAAGUACUUAAGUAAUUUUGUACAUUACACUAAAUUAUUAGCAUUUGUUUUAGCAUUACUUUACUUUCUGCUUCAUGAUCCUGUUAGCUUUACCUGAAUGCUUGUUUUAAAUGACAGUGGAAACUUCAUUCCUCUUAAAGUGCCAGUAUUCUUUGACUGUUGGUUCUUGAACUAGCAAUGCCUGUGAAAGAAAAAAAAAAAAAACAAAAAACACACAAAAACCUGAGAACUGUCUUAGGACUCUUUGGUGCAUGCACAGUUGCUAACUUCCUAUUUUUCUUACUGAUUGUGAACUUCUGUUCUGUGUGCAAACCAAACAAUGAAAUGAUGCUCUACACAUUCUAACAUCCCCUUUAAUUUUUUGGUUUUUAAAUCUGGUUGGGAAAAAGGACUAGUUAGCAAAAGAGACUUUCACUUCAGCCUUUCUUUUCUUUUAGACUGACUGCAAUAUAGAGAGACCAGAAGCCUUUAUAGUCUUCCUGUAGAUUUUGCUUCUAGGCAUCUAGUCUUGUAGCAUUUCAGAUCAACUUUAAUGAAUGUAAAGAUACUACUUUCACAAAAAGAUUUUUCACUGCAAUUUGUCACGGUCACUCCUUAAAUACUCUAUUUUUUCUAUAAAAAAAGAAAAAUUAAAAAAAGACAACAAUGCACAUCUGGCAAUGGAAAAAGUAAAAGUUCUAAUUAGGUUGAUUUGCUAUUGUUAAUGCAUUGCUUUAAGACUUUUACUAACUUUUUGUGUCUGAAGACCAAGGUGAAAUCCUAGCUCUCCUGACCCCCAGUGGCAAACCUUUAAGUAGCUUUGCUCAGUAGGUACAGGAUUUCACCCUCAGCGUCUCUAGGAAAUACUAGAAAGCCUUAACAGAUAAGUUGAUUCAAAUUCUUAGGUUAAUUCAUACAUAGAUCCAGAAUUUACCAUAAGAAUUAAAUCAGAAUGAAUACUAAAUUAUAUAGCGAGUAAAACUGUUCUUUUUUUCCCCAAGAGUGGCAUUAAAUAUUUCCAAAUGCCGAUUUUGUGCAAAAUAGGGGAGGAAUUUGAAAUUCUAGUAACAUCAGAUGAGUGAAUGAGUUGAAUUUAGCUGCUUCAUGCAAAUAAUUUGGAAAUCCACUAUGCCAUAAAAAUGGUGUGGAAUUUGCACAAACCGUCAGCAUAGAACAUGGUUUCCAGAGUCAAUGUUGUUUGUGUGAUGUUCGUGAAGUACUAGUUUUGUUGCACAGAUUAAAUGGUUGGUGAGUGGCAUUCCAGUGUCUAGACUGUCAUGAAGCUAGACCAAGAUUUUAAUGUCGUCUUUCUCUGUGAUUAAGUUCUCUUGUGAUCUCUCUCCCCAUCCCCCGCCUUUUUUUCCUGAUUGGAAUUAAUGCAGAAUUUUUGCAGAAGCUUUCAUAUUUGGUACUGCAGUAGUCUAGUUAUUCUGCACUAAAGUAAGAGCCAGUAAUUCCAGUGUUGCCAGUUCCUGUUGUCUUACUGUAAACGUUGCAUUGUUUGAUCGUUUCAUUAGGGCCUGGGUUCCUGAAGGUGCACUUCUUCACAGCACCUAACUCAGCUGCAGAGUAAAAUUUGAGAAUGUGACUCUGGUGUACCCAAGAAAAUAAAACACAAGACAUUGAAAUAGGAUAGUUCAGGACACUGGAAAGUUUGGAACAGGGAAUAGCAGCAUUGCCCUAACCUAAGGCAUACCUAAACAAUGAUGUGGAAAUUUUUCACAGUCCAAUUUUCAUAGACCUGUGUAACUUGGACCAUUUAUAUGAUGUCAAAGGUGCAACUGCAUGAGAAAAGUAUUCUUUUGCUUCUACAAAAAAAACCCCACAGUGCCUCUCAUAGGUGGAGAGCUGCAAAGCUGGCAGGGGAUGUAUACUGUCUGGAUUGCUGCGUGUUCUUUAAUUUCAAUGUGGCUGAGAGAAAUAAUGCCUUUCCCUGCCUGCGCCCCCCCAUUUCCCACCCUCCACCAAACCCAGAUUCCCCCUCCCUUUCAGCUUCGAUGUGAAAUAAACUUUAGAUUAUGAAAUAUUCUGAAAAACAGUAAUAGGAGAACCUAACGUUAUCAUAAGGACCAACAAGAAUAAGAAUAGAUUCUUAAUGUUGCAAUGUCGCAAAACAUAGCUUCCAAGGUAAAAACAUUUUGGAGACAGUUAUUUGCACAUUUUUAGACACUCUUAAUUAUAUAUGAAGAACGUAGGAAAAGUGGAUAGUAUACCUUGAGCCAAAUGGGAGUAAUCUUAAGAUUACUUGAAGAUUUUUGGUAACUGAGUCACACUGCAUGUAAAAUUAGGGCUGGUCUAAAAUUCUUAUGUUAAUUUAACUAAAAACUGUUUGGAGAGAUUUAAGCUGCAAUGUCUUAAUCAUCAAAUGUGGAUUUAUAUAGCUCUAAUGUAAAACUAUAUAUAAAAUAGGGUUUUUUUCCCAGUAAAUGUGGUCUGUAGCUACCAAUCUAAUUAAAUUAGUACAAAAUCUAUUUAGCCCUUUUUUACUUUAAAAAAAAAAAAGGAAAAAUACACAUCCUUGCCACUGUUGUGCUGUUUUGUCUUAAUACUUGUUGAGAUUUGGUGAAGCAUGUUGGAUUGCAGCUUGCACAAGUUGAUCUUCUAAUUAUUCCGUCUUUCCCUAUUUGAAAUGCUUUCAAAGAACAUCCCUGGAUGCUGUCUGUUCUGAUAGCAACUACUAAAUGAACAUGUGAAUCACUUACCACGUUACUACAUUAAAUUGCCAUGUGUCAGGGAGUAACACCUUCUUACAGUAGCUUUAUGUAACUCUGGUAAACAGCUUUAUCAUUGGUUUUCUCAAAACUGAAAUUGAAUUCCCUUGCCCAGUCUCAUCACCCAAAAAUUUUUGCUAACCUAACAUUUCACUGUAUAGAUCUCGUUACAAUAACGGAAUCUCUGUAAUGGGUAAAUACUGUCACACAAUCUUCCACUCUUGUCUGUACUAUGAAGCAAUACAAUUAUUACCUUCAAAGACCAUCAAACUGUAAACAAAUCAUUUUGUCUCUAGUUUACAUAAAGCUACAUAGAUGGUAAAUCUUUCCUAACAUUUCUUUAUUCCACUGUCUUGUGUUUUCAUGUUGAAAAUACUUCUGCUUUUUCCUCUUGAGUGCCAACUUCUUACUAGAAUGACUUCUUAAUGUAAUAUGUUUACCUGGAAUGUAUUUUAACUAUUUUUGUAUAGUGUAAACGGAAACAUGCACAUUUUGUACAUUGUGCUUUAUUUGAUGUGGAACAUAUGCAGUGUGAUCCAGUUUUUCCAUCAUUUGGUUGCGUGACCUAGGAAUGUUGGUCAUACCAGACAUUAAGUUAAAAAAAGAAAAAAAAAAAAAAAAGACCACUGUUUGUUUUAAAAUUUUUAAUGUUUUUAGGAGUACGUGCUGUGAGGUGAUCUGGAAUUUGUCAUUUUUUUGUCAAACUGUACUGCUCCUAUUUAUUGUAAUGUAAUAAAAAAUAGUUAUUGUGA